AUGAGGGUAGCUUCUAAGGUGUCUUCCCAUUGCUCUGGUGAUCACCAUGUCCCUAAAAUCGAAUUGACCCGAACACCUCCAACGGUGGUGCUACCUACCUCUCAAUGGUGGGAUGGCACUACUUUAAAGGACAUUUACACAGACGAAUUCCUUAGGGACAUUAUGAUGCCUGUGCGAAGGAAUACUAUCCGGUUCAACUUUGUUCGUUCACCUGAGUUGCUUGAUGAGUUGGUUAGCAGAAUUCCAAACACCACUUCCUUCAUUCAGAGGCAUGGUUCUCUUCUCAGUUUAGUCACUGCAAAACGGGAUCAACAGUUGAUGAGUGUUCUGACCCAAUUCUAUGACCCUCAGUACCAGUGCUUCACCUUUCAAGACUUCCAGCUGGUCCCUACCCUGGAAGAGUUCUCUAAUCUGCUUGGUAUCCCUAUCUUGGAUCAGACUCCCUUUACUGGUUGGGAAAAGACCCUCAGGCUUGAGGACAUUGCUGCAGCUCUUCCUUUGACCCAUCAAGAGGUAACAGACAACUGGGUAACUAGAAGCGGAGUUAAGGGUUUCUUGGCCAAGUUUCUGAUUGGUAAAGCUAACAGCUUCUGGAAUGACUUGGACUUUAGGGCAUAUGAAGACAUCUUGGCUCUCCUAAUCUAUGGGUUAGUCCUGUUUCCUAAUCCUGACAACUUCAUCAAUGUCACUUCCAUUAGGAUCUUUAUGUCUCAGAACCCUGUGCCCACUCUCUUGGGUGACAUCUUGCAACAACUUCAUGCCCGUACUACCCGAAGACGAGGAACCCUAUGGUGUUGUAUCCCUUUGUUGGUGAGGUGGUUUAUUUCGCACCUCCCUAAGUUAGUACUGAAAAACCAAGAAGGAAGAGGUUGGGCUCACAGGUUAAUGUCUCUCACCGAUAAAGACAUCAUUUGGACUUGCAGAGGUUUGGAUGAGAUAGCUAUUAUUGAUCGAUGCGGGGAGUAUCCUAAUGUUCCUCUGAUUGGUACUCAAGGAGGGAUCUCUUACAAUCCAUGUCUAGCACUCCGUCAGUUUGGAAGAGCAAGAAGAGCAGGCCCCCAUGAGAUGUUGGUGCCUCACAUCAGUUUCGAGUUUCAGGUGGAUAGUGACGAGCUGCGUCGUAGGUUCAUCAAGGCUUGGGACAAGGUUCAUAAAGCUGACCCACAAGAGCUAGGGCCAAAGACUUCUUUACCUAUGGAAGCCUACUACAAAUGGGUCCGCAUCCGUGCUCAGAAGUUAGGUAUGCCGUAUGAAGCUGUCAGACCCGUCGUUCUUGAGUGUCCUGAUAAAGAUGGUGUUCCUCCAACUGUCCUUCCUCCUCAGGUACCUACUGAUUAUGAGACAUUGAAGAGAUCUUGGUCGCAACUGCAAGAAGAACGGGAUUCUUACCGGGAAAAGUUCAACGAGCAGGAAUCAAAGAUCCAGAAGCUGACAAAGCAGUUGGAGAAUGAGAGAGCCCUGAAUGCCUACCUCCGUACUGAGAAGAGGAGACCAUGGGAUCAAUGA